AUGACGACAGGCCGGUCAACGUACAGGUCUCUGGCUGUAGCACACUCAUCGUUGACCCUUGAGACGUCGGGUGAUAUCGCUUCUCACGAGAUCAAACAUCGUCACACAUUCCACCAAAGACUUGGCAACCUACGAGUUCGUCUUCACCGUCGAAAUUCCCCAGACCUGAGUUCGAACCAACCGCCUGGACGUAAGCCAUGUCCGGCCAGUUCGGUCCCCUCGUUGGCACCCUACCGAAGCCCAGAGAACACUUCGACGUUGUAG